AUGACGCCCACGCACAAGAUCUCCUUCUCCAUCGCCGACAUCCUGGAUCCCAACAAGUUCACCGGCGGCGGCAAGAAGGCGAGCGCGCUCGCCAAGUUUGGAGCUGCGGAGGCGGUGGGGACUAGCUGCGGGACGCACGGCCACGCGGGAGCGGACGACUUGGAAGACGACCAGCCCACACCCGCCGCCCCCCACCCACUCACUGUGGACCCCCUCCUCCUCAGCCCAGCAGCUGACAGCACCCAGGGUCUCCCCAGUGACCCGGACCACUCAUCAGAGGACUCCGCGGUCACCCCGCCGGACCCCUCCUCGCACAAAAGGCGGCGCCAAGACCCGAGCGGCGCCAAGCCCCGCCGCGCCCGGACGGCCUUCACUUACGAACAGCUGGUGGCGCUGGAGAACAAGUUCCGCGCCACCCGGUACCUGUCGGUGUGCGAGAGGCUCAACCUGGCCCUGUCCUUGAGUCUGACUGAAACGCAGGUCAAGAUCUGGUUCCAGAACAGGCGGACCAAGUGGAAGAAGCAGAAUCCGGGGGCGGACAGCACAUUGCCGCCCACCUCCGGUGCAAUCAUCAGUCCCGGUCAGGGCACAUGCGGGCCGGGCCAGGCCGGAUUCCAGCAGUCCUUCAGUUCCGGGAACGUCAUCUUCCACACGGCCGGACCUGUCCCGCUUUCCUCCACUGGGGGGCUCCUGCAUCCCUUCAUGUCCACUGGAUUUGUGCAGCCCACUUACUUUAAUCCACACCUAUGA